AUGUCGGGCGACAUUCCCACUCCCGAAGACAAAGCUAGAUAUGAUGCUGCGCGCAAAGAACUCCUACACGCGCUGGCGAAGAGGCGAGCGGUGGACAAGCAGCUGUCGCAGUUGGAGGUUCAGAUAUAUGGUCUAGAAACAUCCUAUUUCACGGAGACUGCAGCCCACAGUGGUGGGAAUAUCAUUCACGGUUUUGAUGGAUACCUGAAGAACCCGCCUGGUGGCAGGCGGAAGUAUGACAUUCACCCGGGCGAUCGGAUGUUCUCUAAUAGCAGCGAGACAUACAAGAAGUCGCUCGAGUUAGCUGGGGAGGGGGAAGAAUUGGCUGCAACAGGAGAAGAUCAUUCCCGCAUGUCCACGCCGGUCCUUACCACUGUCAUUGUUCCUCCUGCUCCCCGUGCACAGGAGCUCACUGCAGCUCAACAGAAGAAGCACCGUGACAGAGAGUACCAACGGAAGAAGCGAGCCCAUGCGCGGAAUACCGCGACGCCGAUGAGUGAGGAGGAGAAUGCUGGUAUGGGGAGAAGGCCAACGAAGAGGGCGCGGUUGGCGGACGAUGAUUGA